AUCCUGCAGACGGGGCAGGAGAUCAUGGAGCUGGACACCAGUGGUUUUGCUACCCAGGGUCCAACUGUGUUUGCUGGAAACAUCGGUGACAACAAGUACAUCAUCCAAGUCUCUCCCAUGGGUAUUCGACUGCUGGAAGGAGUGACACAGCUCCACUUCAUCCCUGUGGAUUUGGGAUCCCCCAUAGUGCAUUGCUCCGUGGCGGACCCUUACGUCGUCAUCAUGACCGCAGAGGGAGUCGUCACCAUGUUUGCUCUGAAGACCGACUCCUACAUGGGGAAAACUCACAGGCUGUCGCUGCAGAAACCACAGAUCCCCACCCAAUCCCGCGUGGUCACGCUGUGUGCGUACCGAGACGUCAGUGGCAUGUUCACCACGGAAAACAGAGCGAACUCCUCCGUCCAAAAAGAGGACGCCAUCACUGGGAAUCAGUCCGAGGAAGAGACCAUCAUCCAUGACCUCAGUAGCAACUUAGUGGAUGACGAGGAGGAGAUGCUGUACGGAGACUCAAACGCCAGCGCUGCGCAUGGAAGAGAUGAAAUGGGACGCAGCUACGGGAUUCACGGGAUUUAUGGAAGCGACGGACAAGGAAAAGCAGAACCGAGCCACUGGUGCUUCAUCUGCAGGGAGAAUGGAGUGAUGGAGAUCUACCAGCUCCCAGAGUGGCGGCUGGUGUUCCUGGUGAAGAACUUCCCCGUUGGUCAGAGAGUUUUGGUGGACAGUUCUUCCGGCCAAUCGGCAGCGCAGGGGGACGGUAAAAAAGAGGAAGUAACUCGGCAAGGAGACAUCCCGCUCGUCAAAGAGGUGUCUUUGGUCUCACUGGGCUACAUGUGCAGCAGACCGUAUUUACUGGUCCAUGUGGAGCAGGAGCUUCUGAUCUACGAGGCGUUCCCUUACGAUCAACAGCAGCCACAGAACAACCUGAAAGUGCGCUUCAAAAAAGUUCCCCACAACAUCAACUUCAGAGAAAAGAAAACGAAGGUUAAGAAAGAUAGGAAGGCGGAGAGUGGAGCCACGGAGGACAGCGUUUCUGUGAAAAGCCGGAUCGCCAGAUUCAGAUACUUUGAGGACAUCUCGGGAUACUCAGGGGUGUUUAUCUGCGGGCCGUCUCCUCACUGGAUGCUCGUCACGUCCCGCGGAGCCAUCAGGCUUCAUCCAAUGACCAUCGACGGAUCAAUAGAGUCCUUCGCUCCCUUCCACAACAUCAACUGUCCCAAAGGGUUCCUCUACUUCAACAAACAGGGUGAGCUAAGGAUCAGCGUCCUGCCCACCUACCUGUCCUACGACGCCCCCUGGCCCGUCAGAAAAAUCCCCCUGAGGUGCACCGUGCACUACGUCGCCUACCAUGUGGAGUGCAAGGUGUACGCUAUUUGCACGAGUGUGAAAGAUCCGUGCACACGCAUUCCCAGGAUGACGGGAGAGGAGAAGGAGUUUGAAACCAUAGAUCGAGAUGAUCGUUACAUUAACCCUCAGCAGGAGAGGUUUUCCAUCCAGCUCAUCUCUCCGGUCAGCUGGGAAACCAUUCCCAACACACGGUUUGACCUUGAGGAGUGGGAACAUGUGACCUGCAUGAAGACGGUGGCGUUGAGGAGUCAGGAGACGGUGUCCGGACUGAAGGGAUACAUCGCUGCAGGAACCUGUCUGAUGCAGGGGGAGGAGGUCACCUGCAGGGGGAGGAUCGUGAUCCUGGAUGUGAUCGAAGUCGUGCCGGAGCCCGGUCAGCCGCUCACCAAGAACAAGUUCAAGGUUCUGUACGAGAAGGAGCAGAAAGGCCCGGUCACCGCUCUGUGCCACUGCCACGGAUACCUGGUGUCAGCCAUCGGACAGAAGAUCUUCCUGUGGGUCCUGAAGGACAACGACCUGACGGGAAUGGCCUUCAUCGACACUCAGCUCUACAUCCACCAGAUGUUCAGCAUCAAGAACUUCAUCCUGGCUGCAGACGUGAUGAAGAGCAUUUCUCUGCUGCGCUACCAACAGGAGAGCAAGACGCUGUCCCUCGUCAGCAGGGAUGCAAAACCGCUGGAGGUUUACAGCAUCGAGUUCAUCGUGGAUAACAACCAGCUGGGAUUACUGGUGUCCGACCGAGACAAGAACCUCUAUGUAUAUAUGUAUUUACCUGAAGCUAAAGAAAGCUUCGGAGGGAUGCGGCUGCUGAGGAGAGCUGAUUUUAACGCCGGAGCGAACAUCAACACGUUCUGGAGGAUGCCGUGCAGAGGAGCUCUGGAGGCCGGCAGCAAGAAGGCUCUGAGCUGGGACAACAAGCACAUCACAUGGUUCGCCACUCUGGACGGAGGAGUGGGCAUGCUGCUCCCGAUGCAGGAGAAGACGUACCGCAGACUGCUGAUGUUGCAGAACGCUCUGAACAGCAUGCUGCCUCAUCACGCUGGACUCAACCCCAAGGCCUUCAGAAUGCUGCAGAGUAACAAACGCUGCCUGCAGAACGCUGUGAGGAACAUUCUGGACGGAGAACUGCUCAACAAAUACCUUUACCUCAGCACCAUGGAGCGCAGCGAGCUGGCCAAGAAGAUCGGAACCACGCAAGACAUCAUCCUGGACGACCUCCUGGAGGUGGACCGAGUCACGGCUCAUUUCUGAGAAACAUUCCCCCCCGACUCGUCCACUGAAAUGUUUUUUACUCAACGGAGAACAAUUUUUUGUUAUGGCCGUUUUUGUGCAAAACUGAUUUGUUUUUCUUACUUCGUAGACAAAAAAAAAAGAAAAGAGGACAGCUAUGUUUUCUUAAGAUAUUUUGUAUUAAAAAAGAAACAAA